AUUAUAUUAUAUUAUCUUAUCACUUUCAUUAAACAUUACAUAUAUUAUUAUUAUCAUUAUUAUUAUUAUCAUUAUUGUCAAUUAUUGUCAAUUGACAGCCGACGUCGGUUGUGGCCCGCGAAAACUCACUCGUGCGAUCCACGGCUCGGUCGGGGCAAGGCUUCUAGAAAACGUCGAGAAGCGUGGCAGUGGACAGGUGGACAGUGGCAAGCGGUUGUGGGUGGACAAGACAUGGACAGUGGACAGUGGACAGUGGACACUGCAUAUUUUUUUUUCUCAGUUGCAUAUGCACCUACUGCGUGUUCGGUAUUACUACGCUCAUUACCCUCUGGAGUGCUCCGUGGUGUCUCCGACUGUCCGUGGUCUCUCCGUAUUAUUGCCGCUGUCUGCCGUCCUUCGGAUCCAGACCGUAUAUGCCUCAUACUAGGUACCGUCCCUAGGUAGUUACUCCGUUAGGUAGUCCGUAGUCCGUAGUCCGUACCUGGAUUUAAGGUAUUAGUCUCUGCCCGUCGGGGUGAGUCGGUGAGUGAAGUCGGUCGAAUCCUCCUAUCCCGCACUUGUCGCUGGCCGGACGGAGUAUGUGCUCACACUCUCCGGGUUUUUCCUGCAGUAGAUCCCCC